AUGGAUUCUUUUCAUACUUUAUAUUCCCAUUCAUUUUCAGCAUUCACUCUAAAUUUGAUUUAUCUAUGGAAAUACUCCAUAAUAAAUGCAUUAACACCAAUUCUUAGGACAAUAAAAAAUACUAUUGUAAAGAAAAAGGAAGAGACUCUUGUUGAAGCUGCCCCUGUUCACUCUGGAAUGUUUUUCAAUUACAAUGAAAAUCUUGUUCCUCCAUACCAGGUCAUUGUGGAUACGAACUUUGUGAAUUCUUCGAUUCAAAAUAAACUUGAUUUGCACAAGGGCAUGUUGGAUUGUCUUAUAGCAAAAUGUAUAAUAUGCGUAACAGACUGUGUAGUUGGCGAAUUAGAAAAGCUCGGUCAUCGCUACAGGAUGGCACUCCAAUUGGUAAAGGAUCCUCGUGUAAAGAGGCUGACGUGCACACACACUGGAACAUAUGCAGACGAUUGUAUCGUAGAGAGAAUUACAAUGCACAAAUGUUAUAUUGUCGCAACAAAUGAUAAAGAUUUAAAGAGGAGAAUCAGAAAGAUUCCUGGAGUACCGAUAAUGUACGUUGCAAAUCAUAAAUACGCAAUUGAGCGUAUCCCAUUUUCAAUUACCUCAAAAUGA